UUCAUCUGCUCUCUUCAUCUGUGUCCAUCUCAUUCAACGCUCCUCUGUGGGUUUCCAUUUCAUGGCACGGUCUUAACUUUGGGUUCUUUUAUUCAAAGUGUUGUCACUCUAAGCGUCUCUCCUCUCUCUCUCUUUCACUCUUAUGUGCUUUCUACAUUGUGUUUUCACCGUCAUUUGCAUGAGUGACGUUUGUAUUUCCUCCACCAGCAACAGAACCAAGGAAGAGGAACCAAGGGCCUGUGUGGUGUGAGUGGGUGCCACAGUCACAUGCGCUCUACGAGUUCAUUUCGCCUCACACUCUUCCAAAGACAGCCAAUGGUUUUCAUACUGUGGAUUUAAAUGGGCAACCUUUAGACGCUGCAGUGUUUCGUUAGGUUUCAAGCUCUGGUAAUUAGAGAGCACCGUCUCCCAGCAUCACAAGGACUGUGUUACCAUGGCAACUAGCAAGCAGAGCUUUGCGAGAGCUGCCGAGCCUCAGUGUUCAGUGUCUGCGCAGAGAGAUGAAGAGAUGCACGUGAAGGCCCCUCUCACGACUAUGUAUGUCCACAACGGUUCUACCCCUGGCCUGCAGCCAUAUCCUCAGGCUCAAGCCCGGGCCUUGCAGGAUGCAACGGUUGUUCCAGUGUUCCUGCCAAGGAUGUGUAGCAACCAGCCUCUGCCCGCUCUGACAUUGCAUAUAGCCAGCAGCACUCCUUUGCAGCAACAAAGGCUGAGUGCUCCAGCGACCUCAUCCAGACCCAAGUCUACCGGAAAACAUGUUUGUCCACAUUGUGGCAAGGACUGUCUGAAGCCCAGCGUGCUCGAGAAACAUCUUCGCUGCCACACAGGAGAGAGGCCGUAUCCGUGUACCACCUGUGGCAUUUCUUUCAAGACACAGAGUAACCUCUACAAGCACAAGCGCACCCAGGCUCAUGCCCGCCUCUCCAGUGAAUCUGACACAGGUACUUUCAGCAGCCAGGAGAGCACGGAUAUUUCAAAGGACAACCGUGGCAGUUCAUCCAUAGAGAUGCAUUGUGAAGAGUCAGCUGACAUAAAGAAGAGUGAUGAAGUUUCUCCUACAGUGUCAGUGACGACAGAGCACCCUGCGGAGACAAAGUCUGGGACAGGAAGGCCACUACACAAGGCUGCAGUGGACGGAUUGAGCACUACACUACAGGAAAAAGUCCAUUCUUCAUGCGCACCUGUGCAGUUACCGCCUCAUGUAAAGGAUAAUUGUGCUCGCAAAAACACAAAUGCAUCAAGUGAAAAUGGACGAGAACCUCUGACACCAAAUCGGACACCCCUUCAGAGGCAAGAAGCUUUUUUUUCCAAGCCAUGGGAGUCCCCGAUGUCCCGGGGAAAGUCUCAAAGCCACGACAGUACAGACUCUGGUUUUAGCGACAGCUGCGAGCAUCAUUCAUCCAGCAGUCCUGGCUCAACCUUGCAUGAUCCUAGUAUAGAAUCAAUGCCAGAAACCACCAUUGAGCAUCAAGAACUCGAUGCCUCGCAGGCAUCCUCAAAGAUGACUCCUGAUGACCCCGAAAGCAAAGUAUCUAUUCAGGAAAAACAGAAGCUGGAAGAGCGAAUUUCAAAGCUCAUAUAUGAAAACAGUGUUUUGGUGGAGGAUAAGCAACUGGAAAAUGUGCGUCCGAGGAAGACGGUAUUGUCGAAACAAGGAAGUAUUGAUCUUCCAGUGCCGUAUACUUACAAAGACUCCUUCCAUUUUGAAAUAAGGAGCAGCAAACACAUCGCAAGCUCACAAAAACAAGACAGACGAGGUGGGGCUAUUUACAGAUCUGUGCCUACACAACACUCCACUAGCCUGGAGCAUGCACCAUUAACACGAAGCAGUUCAUUACCUUUUACCGUGGGUGGCAAACACACCGAUGGCUCAAUUCUUACAAAUCUUAGCAGAAGAUGUAGUGCAGGGCACGUUAACUCAUCCAUAUCAACAAACCAACAAGCAUCGUGUCAUCGCUCACUAGUGAGACAGGCAGCUGUCGAUUGUCAGCUUACUUCAGACGGAUCCUCGGUCGACAGAGCUAGCAUCAGCAGCCUUAGUUCAGAUGGAGACAGCACUGACAUUGCAGCAGAAUCAAGUAUGAAAGGAAACUAUAGGAAGAAAACACGGAAGUUUGACUACACAAAAUGGCACACUUACAAAGGGGGAACAUUUAGGAAACUCUACAGCACUGACAGAGACUGUUCACUUAAGACCAAAAAGACUCUGCCUAGCAUUGAGCCAACAGAGGGCAUUCAAAUUAGCCAACCAGGAGACAAUGCAUCGGUGUCUCUGAACUUCACUUCCUGUUCUGUUGUGUGUCUUUCCCAAACUGCCAAUAUGUCAUUUGCACAGACACCGAACCAAGCCACAUCUUCAUACAUCUUUCUAAAUAGUUCACCUUUGGAGAAAAAGGGAGAAUCUACACAGAUUUUAACGUUACACAAUGAUCCUAAGUGCUCAUAUACCAACUUUGGGAAAAUGAAUGUCAAUGGUACAGAUGCAGAAAGGGAAAAAUUUAGAAUACAAAGCACCAACUGCCACAUCCCAUCAAAGACAAAGAAACAACGCACUGGAGAUGAUGUGCACAUGCUCAGUAUGUCACAUCCUAGAAUGGGACAGGUGAAGGCAAAUCUGCGUGGUUUAAUAAGUCAACCAAGGCGGACAUCUUGUGGAAUGCACGCAUCCAUCGCAGUUCCGGCGCAAAACGUCAACGUGCCAAACCUCCGCCAGCAGAGCAACUUUACACAUGAAUUUUCAAAUCCUAGUCAGUUGUUGUGUAAGACAACCAACCCUUUUUAUUGUUUGAUCAAUAUGAGUGGGUCAUCUGGCAGCCCAUCUGUUUCUACCAGCAGUCGGGCUCUCCCUGUAGCCAAGACCAGCUUUCCUCCCAAGUACCAGCUGAAGAUUCCUUCUGCUACAGAUGGAGUGUCAGCUUCUGGCUCCCCUUUGGAACAUAACACUUCUCCAAGCCUUUCAGCUCUCGGUCAAAGCCAGUAUCAUCCUGUGAACAGUUUACUAUCCUCCAAACAGUGUCAAGCUGCUUCAAAGGUUACACUGUUUGACCAAAGUAAGAAAGGUACAGUGUGUGAAACAAGCUCAUUACCUGUGUUAUCACUUUCCUCCUCAGGGCAGAAUCAUACAAACACUUUAUCAGAAGUACUGACACAGAUUCAGCCUACAACGUCUACAUUUUCAUUCGUCUCACCUACUGCUCUCCCAACAGUGCAGCAUCAGAUAUCUUUGUUACAGAGUAACUGCACAAGAGAUGUGGUGGAAAAUCAGUCAACGGGUCCUGUAUCAUCCUCGCAUCUUCACAAAACUUCAGAUGACAUUCAGUCGUUUAAGUUACUGAACACAGUAUCAACAGUUAGUGGAUCUGCUGAUUCAACUGAGAAAAUUAUCUCUUCAGCAAAGAUAUCACCCACAGUCCAAAACCACCCUGUUUUCACAAUUGAAAAACCUCCCGGAUUUACAGAAUACACACAAUCCUCAGGAUUUGAGAGUACUCUGUACAGCACUGUCUCUAAAAUGGACACUGGUGACUUUCAAGGCUCCCAGUCUGAAGCAAAAGUGAUUCAGACACAGGCUCAAAACACGUUUUACGUACGUACGGCAGAUCUUCAGAUUGUCAUGCAGCUAAUUUCAGACGAACAGUUAGCGCUAAUAGAGCCUCAUAUUGAAAAACCAGAAAUCAUCCCAGCGGAAAGUUCUGUCACGUCUAGCAUUUGUCCAAACCAGAUAUCUCUUUUACAGGAUACGUACAGGGAUAAUGGAACCAAUGUGUGUGUGACACAAAACAUGGUAAAUAAUGACAAGAAGGGCCAAAAAUCUGAAACCUUAAAGCCUUGUGGAUUUGAAAAUGCAGAGGCCAACACCAGCCUGCCAUGCUUUUCAUCUUGGUCACAUUCACAGACAGAAUAUAUCUCAGUGGACAACAGGACAGACCCAGCAGGACAAUUCUACGAUUUGCAUAAGAUAUCUAAGAAUUUCCAAGAUGGCGAAUCUGUUGGGUUUAAUUUCAGCACAGCGUCGUGCCAUCACAAACAAGUUGCUGGUGAUAAACUGAGUGAACUUGAUUUAAUGGACAAAACAUUUUUGAUAAAACAGGAUGGCAAAGAGUGCUCUUCUGUUCACAGCAUAGAUACGAUUAACUCUUCUGGCCGCAGGGUUGCUUUCAUCCAGGAUCAAACAUCUACAGACACGAAACAAGAACUUAACAUUGGAACAUCCAAUUGUUUAAUGGAGUCAGAUCACACCCCCAUUAUAAAAAGUACUGAACCAGUGGAGCCUAACAAAACAAGGCAACUCAUGCCGGUCACAUUAUUAAGAGAUGCCAAAGGGGUACAAACAGUGAAAACCACACAGUUCGGAAUUUAUUUUGCAGAGAAAACGAUCCCAAUAACAACUCCCAUGGAAACACCACAGAUUGAAAAAGCACUCAUCUCCACAAUACAACCAUGCCAUAGCAAGUCGUGCUGGGCCGCAUAUUCAGAUGCAAGAGAAAUUAAAGAAUGUGACACAGGUAAGCUCAAGCUUGGAGCCCAGGGGAAUGAAGCAUCUACACAGUAUGAAAUCCAGCAAUCCUUUGGGAAAUACAUUGACAAUUUUAAAGCAUGCAGUGUGGUGCCAAACAGGACUUCAAACUGCAUUCCUGGAGACAGCUCUACAUGUGAAGAUGUCCAUGUCAAUCUGGAUACAUUUACAGGACAUGGAGAGGAUGGUGUUCUCAAAAGCUUGUGGUUUGAGAGGGAUCCUGGGACUGAGAACCAAGAAUCAGUCUAUAGGGAAUCUGAGGACGCAGAUAAGGAGAAAUCAGACUCAAAGAUGGCAGAUAAGAACAACACAUGCCAGAGUUGUGGGAACAUUGAUAAACAAGACAAACGAGAGGAAGAGUCCAGUCAGACAGCAGCUCAAGCUCACCGUCAGAUCUCCCAGGAAGUGAUUAAUGUGUCCCACAACAUUUCAAACCCAACUCAGCAUGACAAAUUCAACGUUCCAAACAAUCCAGCACCAUCUGUUUGCAACAUCCCUUCACAGACCUGUCAACCUCAAGGUCAAGAGGGAUGUUACAACUACACCACAAGAGACAGCGAGGAUGGAGUCUUUGGAAAAGGCACUUCUCCGGAGACAGCUUCUCCUGGAUAUGCGCUUGUUUCAGCGUCUCCAGGUGUGCCAGGAUUUGCCAAUCAAACAUGCAGACCUCCGUUGGUACGUCCAAUCUCGGUGAAUACCAACCAAAAGGAGACACAUACAAGGAAUGUUAUGACCCAUUGGACCUGUGCAAAAGGCACUGAAGUCCAGGGAAUCUCACCACAAAACAAACUGAAUAGCAAGACAGUAUCAGGCAGUGUAUUGCAACACCACUGCAGUGCUUCAACGACAGAGGCGUUCAACACAAGUACGACUUCAUCAUCAUGUGCCGGACUGAUGCAUUCCAACGCACCACAUAAAAUUUACAAUCAAAUCACACACACAAACCAAAAACAUUCCAGGGCCACAGUUAGUAACUCACAGACAGACUCGAAACUUUUUAAUUCAGCCAGUAAUAGUUAUCUUGAACAUGAGGACAGUAAUAGCAGCAGUGACGAUGAGCAAAAAUUGGUCAUUGAACUUGAGUAAACCCAAAAUUAUAAAUAUUUAUAAAAUGUUUAUUUUACUUUAAAUGUGCAACUCUUAGUAUGGCCGCUAGCAAUCCUGCCAUGAGUGUUGUAAAGUACUUGCCAACCUUUGCACACACGCAGUAUCUGGAGCAAUUUUAACAAAAUAUUAUAUAAGAUUUAUGGUACAUUUAAUCUCAGGUCCAAAGUUUGAAAUCUUUUGUUUUAUUGUGACCCUAGCAAUUUUAAAGAUAUCAGUCUUUCCCCAUUCAAGUAGAUCUUGGUCUUGGUCUCAUAUGACUGAUAUAGCUGCCCGGAGAUCUCACAAUUAUGCCAAAGUGAGAUAACUUCCCUUAAAGGGAAGGAAAGGUAAGAAAUACUGUUUACAAGUGUUGUUCUUAUAUCAUGAAGGGAACAUUUUAUGGCCAUCAGUUGCCAAUAUAUUAUGAUAUUAUGAUUUGUACAUCCACCUUAUACAGAAACCUUUUUACAAUUCAAGAUUUUUAUUUAGUCAGUUUGUGAAGCUGUUUUCCCACUGCUCCCCAUAAUGUCAACUGUCAGUCAAAAGUCUGAACACAAACGCUUAUUCGUAAGCACACCCUUUCCACAAUUAAGAAGACUAGUAUAGUUAUGGAAACUGUAAAGGUUAAAAAAAAAAGAAAAGUAGUACUAUUUCACAGUUACAGCUCUCAAACAACUGAGGUGCAUCUUGAGGGUUCCCAUUGAAUGUCAAAAAGAAUGAUUUGUGACCCAGUCUUUGAAAACCCAACUAAAGUCAAUUUUUUCUGUGAAAAUAUAACCUUGAUAUAUUAAUGCCAAAUCAUAGUGAAAUGAAUGGUUGAAAUCAUACCUUGAUGCUCAUAAUCUCAUAAUUAGAUUUAUAGACUUUAGACUGAAUUUCAUAAACAGGGUCAUAUUUAUAAUUGUAAUCACCUUUUUGGUUAAUGUGAGCAUUAGCCUUAAUAUAAAAUGCAAUUGUAAAUCAUAACAAACAUUAAAUACUCAAACCUUUAAGAAGUAGAGUAGGUUAUGAAGGGGGUGUAGCAAGCAUUAUAUUUGAGGUCUAUGUCCCCUUUACAAUUUCAUUCCCAUUUCAUUUGUGAAAAUAACUUAUUUAAAAUGUUUAUAUUUUAAAAUGAUUACAAAAUUUUAAUAGGUUAGUUCCCCAAAAAAUUAAAAUGAUGUUAUGAAUGACUCCAAAACUUGACAAAGUUCUUUGUUUGCCAAAGAUAUUUUGAAAAAUGUUUGCAAAUGAGAUUUCUGGGGCACCAUUGACUAUCAUAGUAAAAAAAGUCAAAGGUGCCCCAGAACUUUUUGCUUUCCAAAAUUCCUCAAAAUAACAUAUUUUGUUUCAAACAGAAGAAAACAUCUAUUUUUCUACCAUGAAAGACAAUGGUGUCCCAAAAAUGUCAGUUGAUAUAUUCUUCCAAAUGUCUCUUUUGAUCAAAGAAAUUUGUACAGGUUUGGAACCACUUGAGAGUGAAUAAUUCAUAACAGAAUUUUUAGUCUUGGUUGAACUAUGCCUUUAAGAGGUUUAGUCACUGUGAGAUGAAAGAAUUUCAUAAUUUCUACAGUAAACUGAAUGUGAAACCAUCUGUCAUACUAACAUACUAACACUCUCUUAUCUAUAUAUGACAUAAUAUUAUUAGU